GCGGGCGGGCCGGCGGGCAGGCAAGGCAGGCCGCGGCCGCCGGGCCCCGGAGAUGCGGCCAGGAUGUCUGUGUCAGGGCUGAAGGCCGAGCUGAAGCUGCUCGAGUCCAUCUUCGACAAGGACCACGAGCGCUUCCGCAUCGUCUCCUGGAAGCUCGACGAGCUCCACUGCCAGUUCGUCCUCCCGACGCCACUGCCGCCGCCGCCGCCGCCGCCGCUCACCAUCCACUGCAACAUCACGGAGUCUUAUCCCUCUUCAUCGCCAAUAUGGUUUGUGGAAUCAGAUGACCCCAACUUGACUUCAGUAUUGGAGCGUUUAGAUGAUAUUAAAAAGAGCAAUACUCUGCUUCUCCAACAAUUGAAACGAUUGAUAUGUGACCUCUGCAGACUAUAUAAUCUUCCUCAGCAUCCUGAUGUUGAAAUGUUAGAUCAACCAUUGCCGACCGGCCAGAAUGGAACAACGGAAGAGGUUACAUCAGAAGAAGAGGAGGAGGAAGAUAUGGGUGAAGAUAUUGAUCUCGAUCAUUAUGAUAUGAAGGAGGAAGAACCUGUUGAUGGAAAGAAAACAGAGGAUGAUGGCAUUGAGAAAGAGAACCUGGCAAUCCUAGAAAAAAUCCGAAAGAGUCAAAGGCAAGACCACCUAAAUGGUGCAGUCUCUGGGUCUGUCCAGGCUUCAGAUCGACUUAUGAAAGAACUCAGGGAUAUAUAUAGGUCGCAGAGUUACAAGUCAGGGAUUUAUUCCGUGGAGCUUGUAAAUGACAGCCUAUAUGACUGGCAUGUAAAACUUCUAAGGGUUGAUCCUGACAGCCCAUUGCAUAGUGAUCUUCAAGUCUUAAAAGAAAAAGAAGGUGUAGAAUAUAUUUUGCUCAACUUCUCUUUUAAGGAUAACUUUCCCUUUGAUCCUCCAUUUGUGAGAGUGGUCUCUCCUGUGCUCACUGGCGGGUAUGUUCUCGGUGGAGGUGCAUUAUGCAUGGAGCUUCUUACUAAACAGGGUUGGAGUAGUGCCUAUUCUACAGAAUCUGUCAUCAUGCAGAUCAAUGCCACAUUAGUCAAAGGAAAAGCCAGAGUACAGUUUGGAGCAAAUAAGAACCAAUAUAACCUAGCAAGAGCGCAGCAAUCCUAUAAAUCUCUAGUACAGUUACAUGAGAAAAAUGGCUGGUUUACGCCUCCUAAAGAAGAUGGUUAACAUCGUGGACUUUUCAUACACUUGGACCAAUGUCAGUAAAAGAUUUUCCUUCCAACACAGAUUCAACUAUGAAUGCCCCUAUAACAGCCAUACUGAAGAUUCUAGCUCAUAGAUAACUAGUGGAUAAUCUGUUGACUGACACAUCCAGUAUAAGCUACAGCUGUACAAUUCUGCUCUUCUGUCAAGUAUCUUCAACUGAACAGUUUUAAAACUUUAUUGUCCCCAUGAAUUAAGCAUACCAACCCCCACUCCAUUUUAGAGUGUUAAUCCUUCAAACUGGGCUCUUGGGGUUUACUAAAAUACCAGUCAUUAAGAUCCCUCCCCCUUUUGUAUGCACUUACUUGUUUUUCCAAACUGCAGACAACCGCCAUAUAUUUUAUUUAAAGUCAACAAAGUUGAAUAAAGUUAGUUUAAUAAUAUGUUACGACGUUUUCAGGUCUCAUUAAAUCAGACUCCUCCCUCCUCCCCUUGGUCUAAAACUGAGAGCAUUCAUAGUAUUGCCAAAUUUGAUGAUAGGAGAACUGUAAUGUUAAAUCGUUAAAACUUUUCUUCUUCCUUCAUGGCUGUAUUGAGGAUAUGAACUGUUUCUGGGCAGAGCUGCCCUUGAGGUGUCAUGCUGCUUCAGCAGAGCCAGGCUGUGCCAAUAGAACUUUGUGACUAGUCAUAUCCACUGGGGCAUCGUUUUUUGCUGGGCUACUUUGCUUCUUGUUGGCUCCUUUGAAAGGAGGAGCCAUAGAUAUAAAGCUUGAAGUUAUUUAAAAUACUAGAAACCUUCUUAGGCAUUCGGUUCUAUUAACGGGUUGUUGCAAUCAUUUGUAGAGUAAUGAACUUUUAAAAGCAAUUGGCAGAAAUCAAGAAGACACUCCUUUGAAAAUGUUUUUUUAAACAAAAGCAACAGUAACAAGUCCCAGGGAUCACUUGAUUCAGAGUUUUUUAAAGAAGGUUGCUAUAGUGACCAUGGUUUCGUUGAAAAACUAAUGGGGAACUGCUCUUCCGUUUAGGAAAUGAAUCUGGAUCUGUAACUGCUGUGGGUCGGUAACUGCUAUAACAUUGCCUUACCUUUUUAAAAAAAUCAGGUGUGAUUUUUAUUUUUUGGUAGCUGAAAUUGACAAGACCUUUUUGUUCACAGGAAUUAAGGGUAUAAGCACUUUUUUUAAAAAAAGGUCUCCAAAAAUGUCUCUGCCCCUCAGCCCUCCUUCUUGACCUUGGAGAAAAAAAUCCUAAAUUUGUGCUUUUUUGUGCCCAGGCAUUUGGUCACAUAUGCUGUUUUUGUUUGGAUUUUUUUAGCUUGGAGGAUUGGAUUAGAAGGAAUUGGCCUGGUCAAAGACUGUUUCAUUCAGUCUUUUAGGAAGCGGAUGACUUCCAGCUUCCCUGCUUGUUUGAUUGUACAUAUUAUUCCAGUAAAAUCCUGUUAGCAGCCAUAAGUCAGAGGCCGAAUUCUGUAAGCAUUUCUGCAGCUCCUUUUCAAACCUGAGGCUAAAACUUUGAAUACAUUAUUGAAUUCUUUAGUAUUCUGAUGGACAAGCAGAAUGACAGGUGCACACUUGGCUUGCUUUUUAUUGUUUCUGAGUUUCAUUUUUCAUUGCAGAAUUAUUUAGCAGUGUAUGGUAAUCUGUAAACUUGCAUCAAGUUUAUGAAUAAAGAACCAUUUUAAGAA